AUGGCACCACCUCCACAAGCGAGCUCAAGUGCAGCUCGGGGUACUAAGCGAAAGCGGGCAGAAAAGACGAGCACAAGGCCUCCGGUCAAGCGCGAGACCCCGGAGGAGCUGAUCGGGAAGAAACUGCAUCACGGCGUGCAAGAGGUGCGCAAGGCGGCGAAGAAGGCGGCGGAUUUCGAGCUUAGGAAGGUCGUGAAGAGGCUCAAGGCAGCGAGAGGAGAAAAGCCUGUAAGAGGGAAAGCAAAGGAUGACAGCCCUGAGGAGCUGGAAUGCCAACUUGAGUUGCUGAAGCAACUCGACCCCGAGCCAUUUGCGAAUACGGCAUUGAAGACCAAGAUCCUCAAGGACCGCUUGCUCUCCGAACACGAAGGCAUCAAGGCUACGAUAGCCGAGAAGUUGUCCCAGAAUCCUGUGGAACCCUCACCACCGGGCUCUUCUGCUGCGAAGGUCCACAGCAGAGUGCUCAGUUCAAAGAUCAUCGCGGACGCUGUUCAGGCUAUCAUACAAGCGCUCAAAGAAAUCCUGGACCCAUCCAUUGCGGUGGCCAAAGACGCUCAAUUCGGGGAGGCAGACGAGGAAGAAGAAGCGGACUUCGACGCACGGCCUGUCAAGGGCAAGAAAGCACGGAUCGCCCCUGCCAAAGAGGCGGAUGAGGAUGAGGAGGGUGACAGCGGUGAUGAAGCGGACGCAGAUGACGCAGGCUGGGAGUCCGGUACCAUCGACGGCGGGGACGACGAGGACGGUGCAGGCUGGGAGUCCGGCUCCAUUGACGACGGCGAGCUUCGGGUCGCGAACUCUUCCGACGAGGACGAAGACGCCGACGGGGAAGGCGACUCGAGCGAAGACGAGGACGUCCCCGUCGCAAAGCCAAAACCUAAAGCGGCCGCCAAACCGCCAGCCAAGGAGGCGCAACCCAAAACCAAAGUGGGCGAGUCGACGUUCCUGCCAUCGCUCGCCGUCGGCUUCACGCGCGGCGACUCGGACGCGUCCGACCUCUCCGACGCAGACGACGCGCCCCGGAAGAACCGGCGCGGGCAGCGCGCGCGCAGAGCGAUCUGGGAGAAGAAGUACGGCAGGAACGCAAACCACGUCAAGAACGGAGCCCCGCCUCCCCAGGACCCGCGACAGCGGAACGGCAAGGGCGCGAAAGGUGGCCCUCCGCGGUCUGGCGCGCCCCCUCUUGCGAAGGCCCCCAUCUUCAAGCCGCGCUCGACUGGUCCUACGCCUGCGCCCAUCGACGGCGGCUGGCCGACGCGGACGACAGGUGCCCGCGCGGCAGUCGGCGCGAGUGCGCCCGCGCGCGGGAACGCGGGCGCGAGCGCGAAGAGCGACGAUAAGCCGCUGCACCCGUCGUGGGAGGCGAAGAAGCGGAUGAAGGAAAAGCUGAACCCGAGCAUCAUCCCUGGGGCUCAGGGAACGAAGAUCAAGUUCUCGUAGGUAGUCCGUACCGGUGUACCGACCCGGUUGCUAGCGCACCAUACCACUCGCCAUUUUGGAUAUGCAGAUCGUCGUGCUUGCGC